UGCUGGUCGCGACCGAAAAAGAGUCCACAUUUUAUUAUAGGAGAGUGUACAUUUUAUUAAAAUAGUAUUUAUGAUAACUGUCUGUUCAGUAAUGGGAAAUUAUAUAUGCAGCUUCUGCUUUGGGAGAAGGAGAUAAUUAUAUACCAGAUUAGUUGAAAAUAUAUGGUAACCUUUUCUGUAGGCAAACCUGUAACGCCCAGUAAUGGAUACCACAAAUCUUUGGCUAUACAGUAUCACCACAGAUAGAACAAUGAGAACAUCUUUGGUAUCACAUUAUCUGGUGUAUAAUUUGUAGCUCGGUUUCUCGAUGCUUUAAAAAAAGAGGUUGAUGUAAAUCAGACUUCGUCCAGCUGACGGCGAUAAACAAUUGACUGAUUCCAUAAAAUUAUUGAAAAAGGCACGAGCAGUCGAUGGUCGAGUACACACCCGCCAAAUUCGAAGAUGGAUUUUAGUAGCUGUAGCUAACACACAAUCGCGGAGUUUUGACAUUAGUUAUUGUGAAUGGUUUGCUAGUAGCAAAGCUACCUGUCUGAAAAUAUUCAACAUGAAUACAAAGGGAAAGGAAUCUGUCGAUUGCUCAAUGCAGCAUCAACAAAUAACCAACAGUGGUGAUAGUGACUCGAUCAAAGUGUUUGUUCGGGUGAGACCUCUGACCCAGGGGACUGGCCUGACCACUGAUGGAGACCAAGGCCUCUGUCUCACAGUCACCUCUCCCAACACCAUUCGCCUGCACUCCAAGCCGGAGCCACGGACAUUCACCUAUGACCAUGUUGCUGACAUGGACAUCACUCAGGAUUCUGUAUUCUCCAGUGUGGCCAAGAACAUUGUUGAGUCAUGUAUUAAUGGAUACAAUGGCACCAUUUUUGCCUACGGACAAACUGGCUCUGGAAAAACAUUCACAAUGCUUGGUCCGUCUGAUUUCGACAACUUUACUGAUGACCAACGGGGAGUUAUCCCUCGAAGUUUUGAGUACCUGUUUUUCCUCAUCGACAGGGAGGUAGAAAGGUCUGAGAAUGCCAAAAGCUUCCUGUGCAAAUGCUCCUUCAUUGAGAUCUACAACGAGCAGAUCUAUGACCUGCUGGACAGCGCCUCAGCCAGCCUGUUCCUCAGAGAGAACAUCAAGAAGGGGGUGUUUGUGGAAGGGGCUGUAGAGAAGUUUGUCACUUCAGCUGCUGAAGCUUACCAGGUGCUGUCGAUGGGCUGGCGUAAUCGGCGCGUGGCCUCUACCUCCAUGAACAGAGAGUCCUCGCGGUCCCAUGCAGUCUUCACCAUGACUCUGGAGUCCAAGGAGCCUGCUAAGGAGGUGGUGAACAUUCGCACAUCCCAGCUGAACUUGGUGGACCUGGCAGGGUCGGAGAGGCAGCGAGACACACACACAGAGGGUUCCAGACUCAAGGAGGCCAGCAGCAUCAACCGCUCCCUCAUGUGCCUGGGUCAGGUGAUCAUGGCGCUGGUGGAUGUGUCUAAUGGGAAGAGCCGGCAUAUCUGCUACAGGGACUCCAAACUCACCUUCUUGCUUCGGGACUCUCUUGGAGGAAAUGCUAAGACCUACAUUAUAGCCAAUGUGCACCCAGGCUCUAAGUGCUUUGGGGAAACUCUAUCCACCUUACAGUUUGCCCAGAGAGCCAAGUUGAUCAAAAACAAGGCCAUGAUCAACGAAGACACGCAGGGGAAUGUGAGGCAGCUUCAGACUGAGGUGAAGAAGCUGAAGGAGCAGCUAGCUCAGGCUCUCUUUGCCCAGACACACAGUGGGGGAGAUAUGGCCCCAGGAGGGCCCCAGAUUCCCAUUGACCUCACUGAAGGCGGUCUUGAUGCCUCAUACAAGACACAGUUUUUAGAAGCUGUGCGUCUGUGGAAAAAGUGUGAAAACGACAAGCAGAUGCUGCUCCAGAAGGUGGCUCAGCUUGAGGAGGCCUGGUCCCAGAAGGAGAAGUUCAUUCACUCCAACCGCAUGAUUCUCAAGUUUAGAGAGGAACACAUCUCUCGCCUGGAGAAGAGCCUAAAGGGUGGCCAGGGAUUACUGUCUGACCCACAGAGCCAAGCCCUCGUCGACCAGCUCAAGGACGAGAUUAAGAUCCUUCGAGACCAGAUUGCGCAUCACCCAAAGAUGACCCGGUAUGCAGCAGAGAACUACAGCCUCCGGGAGGAGAACCGGCAGCUCCGCUCUCUUGAGUCUGUGAAGAGAGCUAAAGAGGCUGCAGGCCAAGCUGCUGCAGAGCUAGAGGAGGAAUUCCAGAGGGCUCUAGAGACUGAGUGGUCUGAUGGGGCUCAGCCGUCUUACUCCACUCCGGUAACUGCAGAAAACAUUUCUGCCAUAUCCAUGGAGAGGUUGAAGGCCCAGUUUCUCCAGAAACAGACGGAACUUACAGCCACCAUCCAAGCCUUCGAAGAGUAUAAGGAACUCACCAAGAAACAGAUGUCAGAGUUGGAAUCAGAGAAGAGGUACCUGGAUAAGUCCAACAAGCACCUGGAGAACAUUCUGGAGGCCACAAAGGCUCACAAGAAACUGGAGGUUUCUCAGCUGAACAAGAUCCACUUUGAAACUAUCAAGAUUCUCACCACCCCCACCAAGGCCUACAACCUGCGGACCCGCGUGGUGCCACUCUCCAGCCCCGACCACCUGAACGUGAACGGGAGAGGAGAUGAAGAUGUGGAUGACAUCCAGAGUGAGCAGCCUCCACCAGCUAUGACUGAGAUGGCCUGUGAGGCGCUGACUGAGGAGCUGCAACAGGUCCAGGAGCAAGCCAGUCAGGUGCAGACUCUGCUGGACCAGGAGGAGCUGAAGAGCAUGAAGCUGCUGCAGCAGAUUGUAAAGCUGGAGGAGCAGGUGACUGGGAUGAUAGAAGAGUUCAGCUGCAAGGAUGAGCUGCUCUCCACUGAGCGAAGUGGCUGGAACAGAGAACAGCUGAGCCUGCAGGAGACUAUUAGCAACCUGGAGCAGAACCUACAGGCAGAGAGAAGGUCCAGGGAGGUUCUGAAGAGCGAGGUGCAUGACCUGCGCCUGGUGCUGCAGUCCUCUGAUAGGGAGCUGGCUGCUGUGAAGAAGGAGCUGUGUGAGGGCCAGAGUGAACAGCAGAAGGAGACGUCACACCUCUCUAGCAGCCUGAUCAGCACUCAGCUACAGCUCCAAGAAGUCCAGCGGGAGUGGGAGCAGCUCCUAGAGCAGCAGCGGUCCCUGCAGGAUGCCUUUGACCAGCUCCAGGCAGAGGCCAAGUUUGAUGCAGACCAGUCCAGGCAGCAGCUAGAGGAGAAACGGCAGGAGGUCACAGCUCAGCAGGCCCAAAUCACGGAAUUGACAAACGCUCUGCAGUCUGAAAGAGAACACACCAGUAAUCUGACCUCCCAGUUGAAAGAGGAUAAAGAGAGCACUUUAGAAGAGCUUGUUCAGACAAUGGAGCAGAAUGCAGUGCUAAGGAAGCAAGUGUCUGACCUGACUACACAAAGCCAACAACAGGCUUCUAAUAUGGAAAGCCUUAAACAAAAUCUGGCAGCUGCCAAUGGGACCAUAACCAGUCUUGAGCAAAAGAUUGCACAAGACAAAGAGUUUGUGCUGGAGCUGAUAAACCAGACCAGGGACCUCCGCAGUGAGCUGGGUGAAAAGGACCAGUGCCUCGCCAUGUUGUCUGGAGAUGUCAAAGACCUCACGGCUAAGUACAGUGCUGCUUGCUCUGAGAGAGAGGAGAUCAAGGAACACAACAACAGGAUGCAAGCAGAGCUCCUGGACCUGAGAGAAGUAGCAGAAAGGAAGGUAGCUUCUAAUCUGAUAGAGGUAGAGGUGCUUCAGGAGGAGGUGGUCUAUGCCACUGAGGAGGUGGAGCGACUCACCAAGGUGUUAGAUGAGCAGGCAGGUCUUCUCCAAGCUUCACAGGAUCAGACUGCUCAGAAGGAGGCUAUCAUCCAAACUCUCCAGGAGAAGUUAAAACAACAGCAAGAAGCGGUUGAGAGGACUGUCCGAGGCGAGAGUGCCAAUCGUAUUCCACAGUCAUCCGUCACCCCUAAAGUGCUGCCACAGACACCUCACACCCCCCGGAGCUUCAACACUGAUCUGAGCCAGGUGCUGGAGUGCCAGGAGAGGGAGCUGGAGAACCGACGCUCCUCCAUGUUGACUAUGGAAGUGCUCCUCACUGAGCUCAACUCGGAAAGGGCCGCCAAGAACGAGGAGAUCCAGAGGCUCAAGGGUCAGCUGAAUGAGAAGGAAAUUAUGCGAAUGGAGAUCCAAGUUCUUCUUGACCAGUUCUACACCAAGCAGAACCAACUGGCUCAGAAUGAAAACACAAAUUGUGAAGUUGUAAAUGAGGCCAUUCAUCAGAAUGUCUCGAGGGAGCUGCAGGAGGAGAGGCGUGAAAAGAGCACAGUAAUACAGAGGCUCACUGAAGCUCAGGAAAGACUGCAGAGUCAGGAAUCCCUACUGGCCCAGUCUCACAUCUGUGUCCAGGAGCUGACUAACGAGCUGAGGAAUCGCUGCCUGGAGCUCAGAGAGCUGAGCACUAAGGAGCACGACAAGGAGAGACUGCUUCAGGAAGUGGAGGUUCUUCGGAAGCAGGUUGACCACUUGUCUGAGGAGAACGGCAAGCUUGUGGGCCAUAAGAACCAUAAGCAGAGGAUUGAGUACCUGGUUAAGCUAAAAAAGGAGAAUACCAAACUUCAAGAGGAAAAUGAAAAACUCAGAUCGGAAAUGAGUGUGCGAGAAAAUGCAUGAAGCAUGGAGAGAUUCUAUUGGCCACUCAACAUUUCUUGUUGACUGCGAACAUGUCCCCCAAACAACCUUUUCCCAUUUUGAGUUGACUGAUAACCAUGCUAUUGUAUCAUCACAUAGGAUAAACAGGUCAAUAAACAGGACAUUCAUUACCUGUUUCAAAAACUGAUUCUCUCAAAUGUAUUUUAAUAUUUCUAUAUGAAUAUACUCCUAUUUUUUUAAGGCUGGGCUGGCCAAUACAUUGUUUAUUUUUACUGCAAUAUGAAUAAUUGCGGUAAGUAUGCAUCUCAUUGGAUCUUAGUAUCCCAUGAUAUUUCCACUAUACCUCUGCAGGUUAAAACAUGGGCUACUUGUUCUCACCUGCAGCCAGUGUAGCCCCCUAGGCCACGUUUAAAUGGAGGCCAUGCCACAGCGUCAUCUGCAUUUAUAUCUUACACUCGUUUAUACGAUAUCAUCCUUGUAUUGUAAUUCUUUUGAUAUACAUUUUGGUCUAUAUCGCCCAGCCCUAGUGUUUAACACAGUGGCUACCAGAGAUGCCACAAUAGGGUAGUCACGUUGUUUAACAACUGAACUGCUGGUUUAAAUAUAUUUCAAAACUGUAAAUGGAUGUUCUCUGUAGUAGAAUAAUAAGUAAUACGGGUGAAUUUAGUUUUUGUUACCAUUUAUCUUGUCUGUUGGAACAAUGUGUGUCUUGUUUUACUUUUUCUAUUAGUCUCAUCUGGCUUUAGAAUAAGUGGCAGGAUCAUGUCUUUGGACAGGGUGCAAAUAAUUUCCUGUUACUUUAUGCUAAACUGUGUACUGCUUCUUUCUACCAUUUCUACUCUUUGUAAUAUGUGUUAAUGAGAUGAAUAAAGAAAUCAAAGUGUA